CACCCGCGGAAUGCCAGUGUGCAUUCAAGCGCUACUGCGAGUGGCAGCACAUCACAACUCCGAACAGCAGCUCCGGGCGGCACAACACCAAGCCCUACCCAGCCCAGGAUCACGGACCUCAGAUCAAGAGUAUCGGAUACGCUCGCCUUCCCGCUACUAUCAACUGCCCAGCAGCUGUCCAAGGAUCUCUCUCGGGUCUCGAGUUCUGACGCCGCCGUCAUUGUUCGCUUUUCGGUGUAACCCAGGGCUAAAGGUGCUAGGCGCAGACGCAGUAGUGUGCAAUAAGUAGCUUACGAGAGCGAGAGCGCGUCCCAGGCGUCAUACAGGCGCCGUUUGCAACGUGUCCGCGCGUGCGUGCGUGUUGUGUGUUUCGUAGUUUCCGUUUUUUCCCUUUUUGUUUGUGGUGUGUGCGACGAAUGCGACGGUGGUGAAGUGUGUUUUGGCGCUUUACAAGAAGCCUGCAACUCCUGGCGCACGAACGCAGCUGUGGUGCUGAGGAGACAGGGCGAGCAGUCGACCAUCAUCUUCGUCAUCUUGGAUUUGAAAAUCAGGAAGUUACUCUGGAGUGGUGGUGUUGCUGGUGGUGCUGCUGAAGAGCAACGAUGAGAGCACCAAUCGUGGCACUGCUUGCAGUGGCCAUCAGCGUAGUGAACGGUCAACAGCAGCAGAACAAGGAGGAGAAGGAAUUCAAAUGCCCCACGGAUCAGGGGAAUGGUAACUUUGCCGAUCCGGUCACAUGUCGCCGAUUCUAUCAGUGCGUCGAUGGGUUCCCGUACCUGAACCGGUGCCCCUCCGGGCUCUACUUCGAUGACAUCCAGAAGUACUGCACGUUCAAGGCGGAGGCCAAGUGCGGACCGCUGGCGGCAACACCAGCGGCGACGACGGAAUCGCCCAUCGAUCUGGCCAAGAAGUGUAAUCUCGCCGAGUGUGAGCUGCCGUACUGUUACUGCAACAAGGAUGGCACGCUGGUACCGAAAGGGCUGGAUCCGGAAGCGAUCCCGCAGAUAGUGUUACUGACAUUCGACGGUGCGGUCAACCUGAAUAACUACGAGCACUACCGGAAGGUGUUCAAUGGGAAGCACAAGAAUCCAAACGGGUGUGAUAUUAAGGGCACGUUCUUCGUAUCGCAUGAGUACAGCAACUACCAGCAGGUGCAGACGCUGGCGAGCGAUGGCCACGAGAUCGCGGUGGAAACGAUCUCGUUGCAGAUGGGGCUGCAGGACAAGGGGUACGAGGAGUGGGUGGGCGAGAUGAUUGGCAUGCGUUCGAUACUGAAACACUUCUCGAACGUGUCGGCGAACGAGAUCAACGGGAUGCGGGCACCGUUCCUGAAGCCGGGCCGCAACACGCAGUACAAGGUGAUCGAGGACUUUGGCUUCAUUUACGACAGCUCGAUCAGCGUCCCGCCGAACCCGGUCCCGGUGUGGCCGUACACGCUCGACUACAAGAUCCCGCACGAGUGCAAGAGCGGCACCUGCCCGACCAAGUCGUUCCCGGGAAUCUGGGAGGUCCCGUUGAAUGCGCACUUCGUCGAGAGCUACGAGGGCGGUCACUGUCCGUACAUGGACCAGUGCGUGCUGCACAACCAUGACGCCGAGGAGGUGUUCGCUUGGCUGCAGGAGGACUUUGAGCGCUACUACUACCAGAACAAGGCACCGUACAUGAUGCCGUUCCACACGAACUGGUUCCAGAUCAAGGAACUAGAGAAGGGUCUGCACAAGUUCAUCGACUGGGCGCAAACACUGCCGGACGUUUGGUUCGUCACGAUCACGCAAGCGUUGACGUGGAUCACCGAUCCGAAGACGACGAAGCAGCUGGGCGGGUACGAGCCAUGGCGGUGCGAGGGCAGGACGACGCAUACGCCCAAACCGUGCAACAACUCGAACAAGUGCGCUCUGGCGUUCAAGGAGCCGACCUCGAACAUCAGCGACACCCGCUACAUGGAAACCUGCUUCGACUGUCCGGCUGUCUAUCCGUGGCUGGGCGAUUCGCACGGUACCGGCAUACCCGGGCGGGACAACUACAUCGACCAGUCGGAGGGUGGCAGUUCGGCGGCCGACGGCCGGGAUCAAGGCAAUGGUGAUGGCGAGCGCAAGUAGUGGCUCGUGAUGAGUAGAUGAACACGGCGCAACCACUACUAAAGGCAGUCUUAUUUUAAAAAAAACAAUCGCACGAGCUUUGCCCCUCCCCCGGGAGCCCCGUUGUAGCGGUCUCGUGUGUGCAACGCACACAUUCCUCAUCAAUUUUUCCAAUCGAAUACUAGUGUGGGCCAUUGAACAACAACCUUUCAGCCUUCACUUUGUGUGUGUGCGUGUACAUGUAUGCAUGUUUGUGUGAGUAAGAUGUAUGUAUUGCCUAUGUACUUCACGGGAAUUACGAUUAGCCGCUCGACAAAAAAACAGCAGCAUGCGUAUACAAUAGCAAUUCAUUUCAGGACUCUAGCUCCCCUACCAACCUACCUGCUUAUCGUAGUUGUGCGACGAAAGGGGAAGUGACAUUGACGAAUAAAGGAAUGCUUAACGCGUGCAUGCGUUAUUCUCCA